AUGGCCGUCGCGACAGCCGGCAUAUCCGCCGUCGUCAUCGUCAUGAGAGUCCAGCGUCAAGUAUCCGUCACGGUUCCCAUACCGUCGCACAUCCCGCCCAGCGUCGUCAUCGCCACACUACAGACCAUCAGCCCUGUCAUCCGCAACCUGGGGACCCUCUCCCACUUCGAGGAGACCCCCGAAGGGGGCGGCCCCGUCGCCAACGACGCAUUCUUCUACGGUCCAUCCUCUCCCGAACCCUCCCUGACCGCAGCCGCCGAGAACAACAACAACAGCAGCAGCAGCAGCAGCAGCAGCAGCAACAGCAGCACGCCAUACCAUACCCCCACGAACUACAGCAGCUCCGGUCAUGUCAGUAACGGAAACGAGAGCGCGGCGACGAGGUCCACCCCGGGAUCCGUGACGAGUUACCAGAUCUUCGAGCUCAUCACCCUCGCCCCCGGCCUGACAAAGGAGGUCACGUACCCUGCCUACUUCCAGCGCGUGUGCGACGGCAUCCGCGUCAGGGCCAACGGCGCCGCGGGUAUAACGGGCUGGUGCGAGUUCACCGUGCGGCCGCGAUACACCGAUGCCAAUAUCAACCCCAACCCCGACAACGUCAACGUCAACGUCAACGCCAACUCCUCCCCGCCGCUCGCUUCACCAAACACGAGCACCGGCGCCAGCGCAUACACGGCGGACGGAGAUGACGGCUCCGCCGCCUCGCCAGAAUACUCCACGCCGGACGCCUUCUCCUCGGGCACGAGUCCCCUGUCGUCGUCGUCACCGCUGGGGAACGGCAGGCCCGUACCGCCGCCGCCGCCACCCACGGACUACGACCUCCACGAGGCCAUCGUCGUCGAGGCGAAUUCCCUCCUCAUGCCAUUCGUCUGCCAUACCAUGCAGAUCGCCCACCGAGGGUUAUGCUCCAAGGUCAUACAGGAGGCUGAGGAUAACAUCGUCCAUUUCCAGGCCUGGGAUCAGUCCGUCUCGUCGUCAUUUGGCCAGCAAUGA